AAGGAAUAAAGCAAUACGUUCUUUAGUUUAUAAUCGACUGAUGAACUUUUAAGUUAUCCCAAGAUGCAAUAUUUGAUCAUAGCAGGAAUCCUCAUCGCUUCCCUAGCCAGCGUUUUGGGAGAGCAAGUGACAUGGUCGAAAAUAGCUCCAUAUUUUACAAAUGACAACAAAGACUUUGUCUUAUUCAACAACUCAUACGGCGAACCGGUUUUCGUCUCUCUCCGGGUGGUAGAACAGAGUAAACCGAUUAAUUUAUCUUUAGAAGGUCUCAUAAAAUACUACUUAUAUACAUCGAAAAACUCACAGAAGUUUCAAGAACUGUGGAAAAAUGAUAAACCCUCUUUAACAACUUCAAAUUUUGAUGCGUCCAAGAAGACAAUAUUUGUUAUUCAUGGAUAUAUGAACAAUAUUUAUUCUGACAGCAUACAAUCGAUUAAAAACAAUGUUUUAAAGCAGGAAGAUAUUAAUGUGAUAGGCGUCGACUGGAGUUUGAUAUCGGAUCAUUUAUUCUACCACAUUAUAGCUGCUGAGGUGCCAGGCGUGGGUGCUCACGUCAGCGAGUUUGUUAGCUUCCUCAUGAGUAAUGGCCUGAAGUAUAAGGACAUCCAUAUGAUCGGACACAGUCUCGGUGCACAUGUUGCUUCCUUCGCCGCGAAAAAUCUCAAAACUGGAAAGUUUGCAAGGCUUACAGGUCUUGAUGCUGCAUUACCUGGAUUUGAGAAGACGACCCAUGAUCAAAGGCUUAACCCGGAUGAUGCUGAGUUUGUCGACUGCGUACACACUUGCGGUGGUGUUUUGGGAUUUCUUGAACCUCUCUGCCAGGUCGAUUUUUACGCCAAUGGAGGGACUAAUGUUCAACCCGGAUGCCCAUGGGCUGACUUUGGAUCUUGCAGCCAUGGUAGAGCUCAUGAAUAUUUCGCCGAGUCAAUUUUAAAAGAUCAUAAAUUCCCAUCUCUAUCUUGCCCAUCCUUACCAGGCACGACACACGUAAAUUGCACUGCUGAUGGUGCACUCAUGGGCUACCCUGCGACAAACCGUUACCUGGGGAUUCAUUAUACGCAGACAAACUCAUCGUAUCCAUACGCACUAGUUAAAAUGGCCUGAUGGUGAAAAGCAAAUGAAUACUCUCAACUAAAAUUUUAUUUGUACAUUUUUGUAUAUUUCAAGUGAUUUAUAAUUUAUUGUGAACAAUUUAUAAAUAUAUGGAGUUUUUUAUACAGACAAAAGA